CUACUCUUUACCACUUCUCUUCCAAGUUUUCUUCUUUGACCACAACUCUUUCUUUUCUUUUUUUCUCAAAAUCCAAAAAAAAGAAAAAAAAAAGAGGACCCAAAUCUCCUCUUAAGUGAAAAAAAAGGGAAAAAAGAAAGAUUUUUUUAUCAAGAGAAUGACAGUGACGGCGACGGCUGCGAUGGCUGAUUCAUGUUUUGGCGACGAUCAAGUGUGGCCACCGGGGUUUCGGUUUCACCCAACUGAUGAAGAGCUGGUUCUCUAUUAUUUAAAGAGGAAGAUCUGUAAAAGAAAGCUUAAACCUGAUAUCAUAAGGGAAAUUGAUGUUUACAAGUGUGAUCCUGAGGAGCUGCCUGCACAAUCGAUACUGAAUACUGGGGAUAGGCAGUGGUUCUUUUUCACUCCAAGAGACAGGAAAUACCCUAAUGGAGCAAGGUCAAACAGGGCAACCGAUUGUGGGUAUUGGAAGGCAACAGGAAAGGAUCGUACUGUUACCUCCAAUUCUCGGACAGUUGGAGUCAAGAAAACUUUAGUUUUCUACAGAGGGCGUGCACCUAAUGGUAAGCGAACUGAUUGGGUGAUGCAUGAAUAUACCCUUGAUGAAGAGGAACUCAAGAGAUGCCAGAAUCUAAAGGAAUAUUAUGCUCUCUAUAAAGUGUAUAAAAAAAGUGGACCUGGCCCUAAAAAUGGUGAGCAGUAUGGGGCACCGUUUAAGGAAGAAGCAUGGGCCGAUGAGGAAUAUGCUAGUAACCCUGUAGAUACAAUCACCCCUGUGAAGCCACCUAAUCAGGCCAUUCCUGAUGAUAAUGUAAAAUCUAACGAUCAAGUUCAGUCUUCAUUGAAUGAUGUCAAUGAGUUUAUGAGACAAGUAUUAGCUGAUGAGCCUGCACUUCCACAACCACAAGCUCUUUUUGACAGUGUAUUGCCUCAGGUUGUGGGUGAAGAAGAGACACAAAGUACUUUGCUGGACCUAUCUCCAAGGGAUGUACUCUUUCCUGAGCCAUUUGCAGUUCUCCAUGACCAAGCGAUCUUUGAAUUCUCUCAGUCACCUACUUCUCAAUUGCAGUUGCAGGAGGUACCUGAGGUCACAUCUGUUGCUGAUCACUUUGAACAGGUACCUCAAAUACUUGAGGAGGAUUUCCUGGAAAUUAAUGAUCUUGAUGAGAAACCUGUGGAGAAUAGGCAGCUCAAUGAGUUGGAUGGAUUGAGUGAAUUUGACCUGUUCCAUGAUGCCGUCAUGUUUCUACAGGACAUGGGUCCUAUUGAUCAAGAAACAGUUCCAUUCUCAUAUGAUAAUAUGGUAAAUCUUGUAAGUUACCAGUUGGAAUCCCAAUCAAAUAUAACACUGAUGGAUCAGCAGUCGCUACCCCAAUCCAAUAUACUGGAUUGGCAAUUGCAAGCCCAAUCAAAUAUAGAUCUGAUGGAUCAGCAAUUGCAGCCUCAAUUGAAUGCCUUUGGGGAUAAUCAGCAGCCGCAGUUGCAAUUGAAUGCCAUUGGUGAUAAUCAGCAGUUGGAGCCUGAAAUGAAUGCCUUUGGGGAUAAUAUGAUAAAUCAGCUGGGUUAUCAAUCUCAAUCCUGUUCAAAUAUAAACUUGAUGGAUCAGCAGUUGAUACCCCAUUCAACUGUGGACCAGGAGGAUUACCAGUUGCAGUUCCAGUCUGUUGGAAACGAGCUGGAUCAACAGCUCCAAAUGGAUCAGCUUAAUGGCACACUUUGGACACAUGAUCAGAGCAGUGGUGUCUUCAUUCCAUCAGAAUCAAAUCUUGAGAAUGCCUCUCCAACUUCAGGUUUGGUAUACAAUGGUACUAAUCUAGACCAAGGUGACAAAAAUGGUGGUGGUGCGAGCCGGUUUUCUUCUGCUUUGUGGUCGUUUGUGGAGUCAAUACCUACAACUCCUGCUUCUGCAUCCGAGACUCCUUUGGUAAAUCGGGCUUUUCAGCGAAUGUCCAGCUUUAGUAGGUUGAGAUUAAAUGCUAGAAACACUGAUGUUUCUGCACUUAAUGGUGCUGCAACUGGUAGGACACGCAGCAAUAGGGGAUUCUUGUUCAUUUCUAUUUUAGGUGCAUUUUUUGCCAUCUUAUGGUUCUUGAUAGGAACGGUUAGGGUCCUAGGGAGAUCCAUCUCGUCCUAGGGAGAUCUAUAUGUGAAUGGGAAGUUUUGUUAAUUAUGUUCUACUGGGAAGUUGCACAACUUAUUGCAUGUUAGUCCUUGUUUUGACAAUAAAUACUUUGAUGUCUUAACAUUAAUUUUGAAUGUAAAGGAGCAAGUGUUACCUGAAGAAAGGUAAUAUUAGAUCUGUCAACAUGAUUCGAAAUAAAUUAAAAAAAAAAAAUCAUGGUUGACUCAAAAUCGAAGAUUGAUAAAAAAAUUGAGGGUGACAUGAGUUAAAGUUUAGUAAAAA